CUGGGGCCUGACUUUUAGGGGGCCAAGACGGUCGCCCCCGGCUGCCCUAUACCAUGGCCGGCCCUGCCCAAAACCUGGCCGAGGCCCGCAAGAGGCUGAUUGCAGAGUCUCCCUGAUAAACACCAACCGCACCGCACCUGGAUCUACUCUCGAUCUGGCCGCUCCCUUCCGUAGGCGCCGCAAGCUCCUUCCACCGAAGAAGAACGGCAGCCGCCAGACUUUGUUGGCUCCACAUAAGAACGGCAUCGACGCAUCGAUUGGAUUAGAUUGGCGAUCCAUCCCAAUUUAUUGUUGUUUUCUCUCGUUGAUCCAAACUUUUCAGAAAAAGGAAGAAGGAUUGGGUGUUCAACUGAACAACCAUGCCCAACGCUAGGUCCGCCCCCGGGGCCAACAAUAGGAGUCGGAAAAAAGGAAGCAAGCAGAACAGGAAGACAAAGAACGUGAAUAUUUCCAAGAAGAAGCGUGCUUUGAAAGGCAGACUUGAUUCCGAAAACCAUCAACCAGCUCAAGAGGAGAUUAGGAAGCAAGAAUCACAGCAUGCAUCUAAAUGUCAAGGAUGGAAAGUUGGCAUGAGUGCCAUGUUGCACUUCUGGAGGGAUCCAGAAUUCAAGUUCUGCUAUAUUUGUGGAGAGGACAAUCAUGACGAGUUUUUCUGCCCCUUCAACUAUCUUUAUGGAAUUCACGGUUCCCGCACUUGCAAUGUGCGAUGUGCUCCAGGGGAACACCUAAUGGUUUCUAGCACCCAUCAUGAGUUCUUGCGAUGUUUUGUUCGUGUGAGUAACUUGCCGCCAAAUUUCAGACAGUGGCACCUUGGCGAUCUUUGUAAGGCAUUUGGGCCCCUGCGGAUGUGGCACGUGCCGAUGAUCAAUGACGAAGUUUGCAGGAGCUUUGGCUUUGCCAUCUUCAGGAGUCGAGAGCAUGCUGAGAACGCCAUUGAGAGACUGAAUGGUGAAUGUUUCGGCGGAUACAAAGUGCGAUUCGAUUGGGCUUAUCCUUGUAUCUAAUUCAACCUAGAAUCUCGUUUCCCUUUGUACAUGCUGGUAACUGGCAAGUGAUGAUAGAAACUAGGUUAUGUUUUCGUCUGUUAUCAUUUCGUGUGGACUUUGGAAAUGGUGAUAUUAGCUUGGUUAAUCCAUGUCAUGGCGCUUCAAUUAUGGAUACAAUCGUAAAGUGAUGAUUAAUAUAUAUGUUUCCUAUA